CAGGCGAAUAAAUAAAGUUGCGGGUUUGGGGAGGGGACGAGCACCCUGGGGAGCCUUCGUUGGGGCUGUCAGCGGCUCGCCCCGGGUCUCGUUCUCCCCCCCGCCCCGUGCACGCCUGGUCCCUCCCCGGGAAGAGGCGCUGCCCACCCGAGGAGGCGCCCGGCGCCGGUGCCCCGCUGCCGCUGCUCACUCGCACACAGCCACAGCCGGGCGUGCACUUCUCGGCGCUCCCGCUAAGUCAGCCCUGGUGUUUUCAGGUUGCUCAGACCUGAAACCUAAGGGGGGAAAAAAAACAAAACAAAAAAAAAAAAAGGCAAAAAGCUCAGCCGCUCAGCCUUUGCGUCGUUGCUCCCGCCGCCGGGGGUGGGAGCGGUGAAGAGGAGAGAGGUGGUUUUCUAUUUUUUAUUGUUAUUUUUUUUAACCUCCCUCGAUUUCAAUGGAUGUGAACUUGGAGUCUUUGGACCUCGGAGGUUUUGGAAUGUCUACACGCUGAUCCUUUUUGUUGUUGCACAGCAGCUCGUUUGGGGAAACCAUCCGAAGACGGCAAGAUGUUUCUCGCUCUCUUGUACUUCGCUUUGCCCUUAGUGGAUGUACUUCUGUCCGCAGAAGUGAGCGGGCUGCCUGGAGGGGACCGCCUGGACUGUGUGAAAGCCAGCGAUCAAUGUCUCAAGGAGCAGAGCUGUAGUACUAAAUACAGGACACUGAGGCAGUGUGUAGCUGGCAAAGAGAGCAACUUCAGCCGGGCGACAGGCCUGGAGGCAAAGGACGAAUGCAAAAACGCCAUGGAGGCUCUCAAGCAGAAAUCUCUGUACAACUGCCGCUGUAAGAGGGGCAUGAAGAAGGAGAAAAACUGCCUGCGCAUUUACUGGAGCAUGUACCAGAGCUUACAGGGAAAUGACUUGCUUGAAGAUUCCCCCUAUGAACCAGUUAACAGCAGGCUAUCAGACAUAUUCAGGCUAGCACCAAUUGUAUCAGUGGAGCCAGUACUUUCAAAGGGGAACAAUUGCUUGGAUGCAGCAAAAGCUUGUAACCUAAAUGAUACCUGCAAGAGGUUCAGAUCUGCUUACAUAACCCCCUGCACCAGCAGCACGUCUAAUGAAAUCUGUAACAAGCGGAAGUGUCAUAAGGCCCUCCGGCUAUUUUUUGACAAAGUUCCCCCAAAGCACAGCUACGGGAUGCUCUUCUGCUCCUGUCGAGACGUAGCCUGUACAGAGAGGAGACGGCAGACUAUUGUUCCUGUGUGUUCAUAUGAGGACAGGGAGAAACCAAACUGCCUGAAUUUACAAGAAUCCUGCAAGAAGAAUUACAUCUGCAGAUCUCGCCUUGCAGAUUUUUUCACAAACUGCCAGCCUGAGUCACGGUCUGUUAGUAGCUGUCUGAAGGAGAACUACGCUGACUGCCUCCUUGCUUACUCGGGGCUUAUUGGCACAGUGAUGACACCAAACUACAUAGACUCAGGUAGUCUCAGCGUUGCCCCAUGGUGUGACUGCAGCAACAGUGGUAAUGAUAGAGAUGAAUGCCAGAAAUUUCUGAAUUUCUUCCAGGACAACACAUGCCUUAAAAAUGCAAUUCAGGCCUUUGGCAAUGGUACUGAUGUGAAUGUGUGGCAGCCAAUCUUACCAGUACAGACCACCACAGCCACAACUACAACAGCUUCCAGACUUAAAAACACAGGUUCAGAGACCACCAACAACGAAAUACCCUCCCACAAUGAUUCACCAGCAUGUGCAAACCUGCAGGCACAGAAGAAGCGGAAAUCCAAUGAAUCUGUAGAUACAGAGCUCUGUCUUAAUGAGAAUGCUAUUGGGAAAGACAACACAGCAGGAGUCUCCACCAGUCACAUAUCUUCGGAGAAUUCAUUUGCUCUUCCUACAAGCUUCUACGCAAGCACACCUCUCAUUCUGAUGACAAUUGCACUCUCACUCUGUUUGUUCCUAAGCUCAUCAGUCGUCUUGUAGCUGCAUUACAAAAGGACGUGUAAAAAAAAAAAAUAAUCUGUUUCCUGUCCUCUGUUGUUUAUCUGGAAUUCCAGGUCUGGGGGCUAAGCUGAGGCACUCCUGCUAGAACAGUUUCAGUCAGCUGGAAUUUUUUUUUCUCUCUAAAAAAGCUUCUUGUGAUAUUUAGAGGCUUUGUGAAAUACUUGGUGCAGUGCUACAUUCCAAACCCAAAAGGCUUUUGGGCAUGCAGUGUUUUAAAGAGACAGUGUGUAAAUUUGCCUGUAAAGCGACCUGGUUGGAUUAUUUUAAUAAUUACGUUAAUUCUAGCCUUUACCCGAGAAGGAUGGCAGUUUUCUUAAGAUCCUAUUUAUCUCAUUGAAUAGUUUUGUUUUUCAAAUUGAUUAAACUUCAGACUGUCAAGGAUGCCAGGCUUUUGUCUAACGGUGAAUGUUCUCUCAGAGAGUGGACUUUAUGAAACUUCCUCAUUUGAUAAAUUGCUACUGAUGUUAAACUCUUUCAGUGUAUUAGCAUUUUCCUCUUUAAAUGUUUAUGUACUGUAAGUGAUUCUGCGUUCCCUGCUGAGAAGCCAUUAUAAUUCGCAUACAGGUAUAAUGUAUGUCUUUCAGUUAAAUUCUCAUAAAAAUAGAGUGUGGCAUAGAACUUUCUAACAGUACAUUUAUCUUUUACUUAUAAUCAUCUAGCCUUAACAAGGGUGAAGAUUCUUUAACAAGAAGCAGCCAUUGUGAAAGCUUCAUAAACAUAUGUUUCUUUAAAUUCAUGGAUGAGCAGUAGAAACAAGUUUUGCUACAGGAGUUCAGCUAUACAGUUGCUGGUCUUCUCCACUUCCGUUGUGAUACUAUAGUCCAGUUAUUAUAUUUUUCUUAAUUAAAAUAUACACAAUUUAUUUGCUCUACUAAAACAGCACUAUCUGUUAAUACAUAGCUGAUAGCGUCAGCUCAGAAAGUUACAGGAACUUCAUGCCUUACUUCUCUUAUCACAACAUUGUAGAGGGAAAAGAUGUAGUGGUACGAUAACUGAGUUUUAUUUCUGAGACGGCUAAAACCAACACGGAAGGAUGGUUAACCCAAUUACAAGGCAGCAUCAUGCACACUCACCCAUGUGAUAGGCUUUUCUCAUCAUAGUAGUUCUUACUGCAGCCCAUGGGAUUGCAGGCAUGAUGUACUGUUUGCAAGACCUGUUCCUUAAACAUUGUAGUGGUUUGGAUGCCAGUAUUGCCAGUAUGCAAGAUUUGAGCACUUUGGUUUUCAUUCAGUGAUGCUGACAGCCUCUGCUGGCUCAUGAUGGUUUUUCUGUGGUAUCUAGAAGGGAUUCGUUAAAGCUUUAAGUGUCAUCAAAUAGGCAACAUUUCUCCUUAGGGCUGUCCUUAUACCUUACUGUGUUACAAGUUACAGGCUUGGUGACUGUUACAAGCAGUUAUGUCUAAAUGAUCAACAGUAAUCAGUUUUUGUUUCUCCUGAAAGUAGGAGAUAACGUGACCAAGCAAAGAGUUCAUCAUGUUGAAUUUUCAUAUUUACAUUGAGAUUCACACAAUUAUGCACAGGCCUGCUUUGAAAUGUCUGGAUCAGUUAUUUGCAAUACAACUAUAAGGUACGAAGUACUGUUUUAUAAACUGCAAUGAAGUUUGAGAGUGUGCAAAGUACACAUCUUACUAAGAGAUUAUUAAACCUAUUGACAAGUUCAUUUUUUGAGCUUUUUCUUAGCUAAUAAUAAACACUUUCAGAAAUUCUAAAAUUCACUUAUGUACUCUUGAUUAUGGUCACAAUAUAGGUUUCAAAGCACUGUGUAUGUGAUAGAAUUCUAGGAUGCCAUGUGCCACUGAACAUAACAAAUUAGACAAUAUUACUUUUUAAUUCUGUGCUGAUAAGAAACUGCAAAUUACUUUCAAAGGCAUCAGAGCUGCUUUUGAAGAAUAUAUAGCAUAUCAUUACCAGCAAAGCCCAUGUGGUUCCUGUUGCUCUUCUUGUGGAAGCUAAUCAAAUUAUUGAAAACUAGUGACAACAGAAAAAAGAUUACGAGAUUCAUGAUUUAAAAAAAUAAAUCAAAUUCUUUUAUGUCAAAAGGAACUGAUAGUAUAACCUAUUGAAAUGGUAAUGAGCAUAGUGUUAUAAUUCAAAAGUCUGACAUUAUCCAAUUAAAUAUAUUUUCAAAACAAAUUCAUAAACAUUACAAUUAUUAAAUCCGUCUUUGAUCCACAAAGCUUUCUUUAAAAUAUCAUUUGUAUUCAGCACAUUAAACAUUUUAAGCAGUAUCAGGAAUUUUAAUAACCUCCCAGUAUAGUGUAUACCUUUUUGAAGAUUUUAUACAUUUGGUUUGAUUACAAUAUCUCUAUUACAUUUAAUACAAAUUAUUAGAGCUUUGACACUGUGUGAUCCAGAAUAAAAACUGUUGAUCACUUAUACUGUAAACAACAACCUAAGUAGCUUCUGAUUACAAAAGAAAUUGCUAGUUAUCUGAUUCAAUGAGGGUUACCUUUGGAAAUGCAAUUAUGGAUAUAGUAGAGGAAUAAAUGGCAUUUUAUACAGCUAGCCAUGUUACCACAAACAACACGGAGCACUCAAGCUUUCUUUCCUGUAUAAAUUAAAAGCAUACUGAAUUCUUAAUUAAAAAAAUAAAUUGCUUAUUAAACAGGCAAGAGGGAAAAAACCCUAAGAGUCUGACACUUAAUGAGGUUUUACAGGCAUCACCAUGCAAAUAUUGGAAGAUUUUUAGAAAUUGGAUGUGGUGUGGGUGAUGUCAAUUUAGCAUGGUGACCUUGUCAGUGCAGUCAUUUGCUACAGAACUGAAGUAUGCAAAUUGUUUCACUUUUUCCCUUUCUGACCACUAAAAUGCCAUGUGUUGAGUGUUCAGCCAACGAACUAAGACUGGCUAUUAUAUAGUAUUUUAACACAUUAAUUUUAUCAAUGUACCAAUAACAUAGGAUCUGUCCAAAUACAGGAUGUACAUACAGAUGACCUACUGUUUAAAUGGUAAAUUUAACCAAUUCAGUUAUGUUUAAAUUAAAUCAUGGACUACCAUAAACAUUUACAAAUCAUCUUUUUCAUUGAACGUAAUAGAACAGACGUUGUCAUUAGUAUUAUUAGUAGUGUGUAUACACUGCCAUGUUAAAUAACCUGAUUAUUGUGUCUUAUGUUCCUCCUUAAAAGUAGUACACAGAAAGAUUAAAUUCAUUCUGAACUGAAAUACAUGGCUAAUGUUCCAAAGUAUUUAACAUAGGUAUUAAGUCCACAAACUAGUUCAAUGAAAGAGGCAACGAAGAUGGGCCUUUCGGAGAAAAUUAUAAUAAUUAAGGCUUUCCUGUGCCCCUACAAGGGGACCAGUGCAGACAGUGACAUCCACCACUGUGCAGUGGUCCUGCACCUAUGUCUGUGCGGUGGUUUGGUCAGGUACAAGGAACACAGACCGUGUUUCACUGACUUCUUGCUCAGAUCCUGUUUGUCUUUAGGGGAAUGGGGAGGGAGGUGCUGAGCGCUCUGCAGGGGCCAUGCAUCCAUCUCCACUGGGGCACUGCCACUUCCCAUUGAACUCUUUCAUUCCUACUGUGUCAUUAGGAAGAAUUAGGAGGAACAGGAAUUCUUAAUCAUUUCAGAGCAUUUGUAGACUCCGUCUGGAGACCUAUUUCCAGAUCAUUUUCUUUUAAUGAAGUUAUAUCCCAGUAAGACCCAAACUUUUGAAAAUGAGGCUGUUCUGAGGAAUGCUGCAGUUUGUCGGUAGAUUGAAAACAUGAAAAUAAACACUACUUGCUAAGCCUA